AUGAGCUUGUUCCUUUUCUUGGAGGCCAAGUUUCCUUUCUUCCCUCAAAAUGAUGUUCUUAAUGACAAAGGGAACACUCUGUUUGCGAGUCAUCUCCCACAUGGUUUAUUACCCGAAUCGAUUUUGGAAUCAGGUUGUAAGAUGGUUUACAUCUGGAGAGGCCCAAAGGACACAUUUGUCUCCAUGUGGAGUUUCUUCCAAAAGGAAAGAUUUGACAAUGGCCCUCUCAAUAGUCUUGAGGAGUCUUUUGAUAUGUUCUGUCGAGGUUUCUCUGGGUAUGGUCCUUAUCUAGACCAUGUCAUGUCGUACUGGAGAGCUUACCAAGAGAAUCCAGAUCAGGUUUUGCUCCUCAUGACGAUGAGAGCUGAUCCUUUGCCGUAUGUGAAGAGAUUAGCUGAGUUUAUGGGUUUUGGAUUCACAGCUGAGGAAGAGGAGAAAGGGAUUGUUGAGAGAGUUGUGGAUCUUUGCAGUUUCGAGACGUUGAAGAAUCUUGAAGCCAACAAAGGAGAGAAUACAUUCCUUCUGGCUUUUAUCCGAAUAGCAAAUCUUCGAGGAUAA